AUGAGCCGCUUCGCAAUUUCUAUCAUUAUUGUGCUCAUCACAAGUACGGUCGGCGAACGCGACGAGUGCUACUCUUGCUCCGGAGUCUGUCACAAUGAGCCGUGCAAUUGUCAGGUCCGUUUUCGAAAUGUCUUCUUCCUCUACACGACCCUCCCCAAAAAAGACCAUAAAAUAGGCAACAAUGAGGCCCAUUUUCGAAGGACGAAUGUGGUGGUGGUGGUCCACCACUCGCUUUAGCCGCCUAACCUUUUUAUGAAUUUCUGACGAGCGUCGUCGCUUUGCAGAUGGGAUCCUGCGAGUCGGCGCAAUGUUUCAUCGAGAAGAAGCCGACGGAGAUAAGUGGCGUCGUGAAAAUCACCAAAGGUUUAAUUUAGUCUCUCGGCCUUUCUUUGUGACAAGUGACACUUCUCGUGUUGCAGGAUGUCUUCGGCGGACUUCGCGAAUUCAUCACGGCUGCGAGUACGAUCACUUUUCGGAUCACAUUCUAUGCGUGUGUCAGGGUAUGCGAAACUUCAUUUCAUCAAAGCGCAACGCAACGCAACGCCCGUCUCUUUAGGCAGAUAUUGCAACGACAAAGUGGUGAUGAACACGACGCGUCAGCUCUACACCAAGUCCGUGACUUGUCGCGAGUGUUCGGACAAGCAGCCGGAUUGCGAUUCCACGUGUCAGGGCCACUGGUGCCACGAGGAUAUGAGCACGGGCGCGUCGGGUUGCGGCUACGGACCGCCCGCGCUGCCCUUCUACUACCGCGGCCCCGAACUCUUCUACUAUCGCAGCAAAGUGUGCAUCACGCUGAGUCGAGGCGCCGGCAAGCCGCGACGUCACUGCAUUUGCAGCACGAACAUGUGCAACACCGUCUACAUCUAUCAUCGGCAUCAGUCGACCGUGAAAGAUCGGCUUGCGGAGAGGGAGAGCAGCAUGAGGUCGCGGUCGCUCGCACUCAGGUAAUGAACAACUUUGAAAAGCAAAUUUGAGGUUUUUUUCACGAAAAAGUCAAUGAAAUUUGGUUAUUAUAGGGGCACCGGACAUAAAAGGCGCGCUGUUCGCAAUCUGGCCGAAUUUCUAGGCCGCAAAGUAAUUUUCCACUGAAAAUGUGGCCUAACUUUUCAAACUCGGCCCCGAGGUCGCUCAAUUUGCACUGCAAAAAGAGUUUCUCAACAGAGCGCCAUUUCUGUGCGGUGCCCCUAUAAUAAGUCACCAUUGAGACACGGCGGGCCAAAAACUACAAGAGAAAAAGUGCUUCAGAAUCACAAUUUUCAAAUUUCAAGUCGCUACGCGGCUAAUUUACGAUCAAGAACACUGCCGAAAGAGCUAAACGUCGAAUUUUCAGCGCGACAGACUACACGCUGCCGCUGCAAACGUGCUACAAUUGCGAGACGAACACGCAGGACGCGGCGGCGAUGUCGCACACGACGAACUGCCGAAGCAACCGAUGCGUCGGCCACUACUGCACGUACGCCGCACAGAGGCACACGAGCAGAAACAAUAUGGGACGGACGAACCUGGUGCACGCGGUCAGCGAACUGCAAGGCUGCAUGAACGUGUCCGAUAAGUCGCAUGUGAGUGGGAAUGGGAAGUGGGGGGCAUCCGAACAAACCGAACGUGUUUCAGAUUCAACUGGGCUGCUCGAGGAAGUGGAUCGCCGAUGAGUACGAGGAGAUUCACUGCGCGUGUCGCGGUAAUCUUUGCAAUAGCGAUUCGCUGUCGGCUUUCUCCGUCGACCGGCUCCAGAUGAUCCACGUGCUCAUUCCAAUCGUCUUCUUCUUUGUCCGUCCACUUUUCCAUGUCUAG